GUCACCGCGCGAAGUUGCGAACCCACCGUGUGAAAAAUGGCUGCUCUGCUGCAAGUUACAUCAAAACAAGUCUGCGGCUCGAAUCGAAUUUUGCUUGAAAACCUGCGCAAAUCUUUCACGAAUCCGGCCGUGUGUGCUACCGGAAUCUGCCAGCUAUCGAGUCGGAACUUUUUCUCACGAUCGAAAGAAACACCAUGCUCGUGGAGGAAACACGAUUUACCGGAAUGUGGAAAGCACCACUAUCGCCAUGCGGUAUGGCUAAAUGACGGCAUUAGGGCCGCGAGUACCAAAGCCGGUGCAUCGACGCCGGUGGCGCCCCAACAACCGUCGACGGCUCUAGGAUCGAAUGUGCUCGGUGGCAUCUUCCAGCGGAAAAAGAAGAAAGGUUUCCAUAGUCGUUGUUCCCAUUUGGCGGUACCGCUAGCGACGACGUUGCACACCUGUGCAGCGGCCAGUGGGUGCCACCGUGCCAGUAGUAGCUACGGUCCAUUUCCAAACAGGGCUCCAGCCUUUCCUCUCCCGCCGCGGCAGCAACAACAACUACAACACGAAGCUCAAGAACGGUCAGGGAAGAAGAAUAGCACUCCUCAAACAGAACCAAUACGAACUUGUUUCCAUCUAGGGCACCAUCCGGCCUCGGGGGAGAGCAUCGGUUCCUACGAUGGUCCGGAAAUCACCGCAGUCGACAUGAUUAAAGCGAUGGCGACCUACAUCUGGCCCAAGGACGACGCGAUGGUGCGGAAGAGAGUACUGAUAUCACUGGGUCUGCUGGGCGGAGCCAAGGUGUUGAAUGUAUGUGUGCCUUUCCUGUUCAAGAUGGGCGUGGACAACCUGAGUACGCUGAGCAUGGAUACGGUGCCGGAGGCGGCAGCUUCGAUGACGGUUGCCGUUCUUCUCGGAUACGGUAUUGCCCGAGCGGGAGCAGCCGGUUUCAACGAGCUCCGCAAUGCCGUGUUUGCGAGGGUGGCUCAACAUUCAAUCAGGAAAAUCGCCACCAAUGUGUUUCUCCAUCUGCACAAUCUGGAUUUGCAGUUCCACUUGAGCAAGCAGACUGGCGCGCUGUCCAAGACAAUUGACCGAGGAUCCCGGGGAAUCAACUUCGUCCUGACGGCCAUGGUGUUCAACAUAGUUCCUACGGUCUUCGAGCUGGCUCUGGUUUCUAGUAUUCUUGGCAUGAAAUGCGGUGCGGCGUACGCGGCUCUCUCGAUGGGCUGCGUCGGAGUGUACAGCGCCUAUACUCUGGCCGUGACCCAGUGGCGUACGAAAUUCCGGGUGUACAUGAAUCAGGCGGAAAACGAAGCGGGUAACAAGGCGGUGGAUUCGCUGAUUAACUAUGAAACGGUUAAGUAUUUCAACAACGAACGGUACGAGGCGCAGCGGUAUGAUGAUGUUCUGAAAAAGUACGAAGCGGCUAGCUUGAAAACCAGCACCAGUUUGGCUUUGUUGAAUUUCGGGCAGAAUGCGAUUUUCAGUGUGGCCUUGAGUACGAUCAUGGUGAUGGCCGCCAAUGAAAUCGUGAAAGGCAACAUGACCGUGGGGGAUUUGGUCAUGGUUAACGGGUUGCUGUUUCAGCUAUCGAUCCCGCUGGGUUUCCUAGGGAGUGUAUAUCGGGAAGUUCGGCAAGCUCUGCUUGAUAUGAGGACAAUGUUCACCUUGAUGGGGGUGGAAAGUGCUAUUCAGACAAAAACGAAUGCUCCUCCGCUACAAGUGUGUCGGGAAACGGCUUCGAUUGAGUUCAAAGACGUUUGCUUCAAAUACAAGCACAGCAACGCCAUUUUCGAUCAGCUUAGCUUUACGAUCCCUGCCGGUAAAAAGGUCGCCAUAGUCGGAGGUUCCGGGUCAGGAAAGUCCUCCAUGGUACGUUUGUUGUACCGGUUCUUCGAACCAACUUCCGGUCAGAUUCUGAUCAACGGACAGGACAUCCGGGACGUUGACCUGGAUAGCCUGAGGAAAGCGAUUGCCAUCGUACCGCAGGAUUCGGUGCUAUUUCACGACUCCAUCCGCCACAAUAUUCACUACGGAGAUCUGUCCAAGGAUCAAGUGCACGUCGAGGAAGCCGCCCGAAUGGCCGAUUUGCACGAAUCCAUUCAACGGUGGCCGAAGCAGUACGACACCCAGGUCGGCGAGCGUGGCCUUAAAUUGUCCGGUGGGGAAAAACAACGAGUGGCCAUCGCAAGAGCCAUAUUGAAAAAUUCCCCGAUUCUGAUUUUCGACGAAGCGACCUCGAGCCUCGAUUCCAUCACGGAGCAUAAUAUUCUGAAGGCGCUGGGUCGUGCCACGGAACACCGUACCAGCAUUUGCAUUGCCCAUCGCUUGUCGACGGUUAUGGAUGCGGACGAAAUUCUAGUGCUGGAGAAUGGCCGCAUCUGCCAGCGGGGAACCCACGAGCAGCUGCUUCACAGUGGCGGAUUGUAUACUAAGCUGUGGGAUACGCAAAAUCGGUUGUACAUGAGUGGCGAACCAGCAGUUAGGAAAACUGCCGACGAGAAAAGCGAUAGCUAGGCGCCAAGCGCGAAGGGCUUAGUGUUAGACGAUAAGAACUUUAUGAAAAAAGGAUAAUGAAAAAUCAACCACUAUUAUCGUGUAAAUAUCUUAUGGAAUGUUUUAUGUUGUUUUGCCAGCGAGGCUGAGUAGGUAAAUAAAAAUGUUGAACAAAUAUGUAA